CUUCCGUUAAGAUGGAUGAAUUCAAGUCUCAUAUCAUGUGAUGUGCCAUAUUGGGGUUUGUUAUUGAUUGGUUCCUGAAGUGCGAGCCGACUUCAAAGGCUGUUGCUCAUGCAGUUAACGAAACGAGCGGAAAAAGCCCAUGUUGCGGAAAGCAUCGUAGUUAGAACGACAAACUUUUUACGUGUGAAUCGAGCUAUUCAACCUGCAAGUAAAAAGGAUGUGACAUUAUUUCGAAGGAUGCAAUUCUGGUCAUUUCGAAAGUCGAAGGAUACCAAAGUCGGAGUGGUGCAAAAGUCGACUCGCCUGACAGCGCAGACCUCUAUUCUGUCAGUGACGAUUCCAAUUCAUAUAUCAGGCAAUACAUUGGAACAAAUACGACCGUUUCUGCCAUCCCGAUGGCAGAUCAACUGCCUGCUAUUACUCUCCUUGCUCUUCUUGCUGCUGCUCCUGGCUAUUGUUCAGCAAGUCGGUCGGACACUACGGCUAGCGGAGAUUAUUCUCCUCGGUAUAAACGACCUUGUUCGAUGUGUCUUCAGCUUGGCUAAUAGGAUCGUCGGCAUUCGAUAGCCCACCCUGGUGAGCAUCCGCUAAUUUAAUGACACGCCGCCUGCCCACAUAGAGCUGAUCGCCACUCUGCGGCUUACUUGAUGAAACUUCUUGUCCUACAUGCAUUUUCAUUGAUUAUCAUGUAUCUGGUAGAUCUCUACAGCUAUAGGAAUCCCUUAAUUUAAAAGUGUAAAAUGAGUUGAAUUAAUGGUUCAAAUUAGGUGACGGCUGAAAAGCUGAGCAAGUAGCUCACGCUCUGUAUCAAUCAAAUUGUAUUUAGCUUGUACCAUAGCCAAACACUAUUUAACUAGUAAACGAAAACGGUGCCACUCACAAAACAAUUGUUAAAGAACAGCAUAUGC